AUGUGGCCGCUGCAGGUGCAAGAAAUCUCAUUCCAGAAGGUGGCAUUGCUCUUUGGGGCUGGCCAAGCUGUAGAGGAUCGAUCCAAUGGAAAUAAAGGGGGAGCCACACAAAUAGCUUCAGCUUUAGCUGCCUUAUCAUCCGCAUUUAAUCCUUCAUCUGCUAGCAAAAUCUCUACUCCAAAGCCUUCAAGAACUGGUCAAGGAUCGCAAAGAGCGGCAGCUGUAGCUGCUCUUUCUUCGGUUCUUACUGCUGAAAAGAAGAAACAAUCACCUGAUGUAUCCCCUGCAAAAUCCAGUAGCAGCACCCCUGCAGUAACCAGCCCACCUCCUGAAACAAAGAGUGAAGUGGACUCUUCUGAAUUAGAAGAAUCUAGGUUCCUGAAGCCAAGGAGACUGGUGUAUCUGAAAACAAUGGGGAGGAUUCUGAACCAAAGCAAGAGAGUGAGCUUGACGAGAAUGGGAGUGGAACCACUCAAAGUACUUUCCGUUACGAGCAACUGAAGGCCAAAUCUGAAAAUCCUGUAAGUGGAAUUGAUUUCAAACGGAGAGAGGCUUAUUUGUCAGAUGAUGAGUUCAAGACAGUAUUUGGGAUGGAGUAAGAAGCAUUUUAUAAAUUGCCAAAGUGGAAGCAAGAUAUGCAGAAAAAGAAAGUUGAGUUAUUCUAGAGAAUGAAUGCAUUGUAUGCUCUUCCUAUUCAUUCCAUCAACACUCCAUUGAAUUUGAUCUUCACUUCUGCU